AUGCCACCUUUGCAAACUGGAUGUGGACCUCUUCCUGGUAUCUACGAAGAUAUAUUCCCGUCGCAUAGUUAUCAGCGACGUCCAAGUAAUAUGGGUUGGAAUGGAGCAGGUGGUGAUGGCUGGCGAUUCGAAACCAGCACGCUUUAUGAAAACCCCAUCAAUUGCCUUCCCACCGCGGGCACAUCACCGACAGAAGAAAUGAAAAAACUGAAAGGGACACCGGAUAGAAAUGGAUCGAUGAACAGUGUGGCGGAUUCAAUCUUUAAAGGCAAUUUUGAAAAAGCUCUGACCUUACGAGUGGCCCUUCCGACGAGGGCUUCCAUUUCGGCUGAUGAAGAAACGUAUAACUCUCAUCGUCGCUUACAUCACCCACUUACCAACUCAUCAAGUCUCAAACCACACCGUCAACGUUCACCAUGGAAGAGUUUUAUGAAGGAGUCUACAGUUCCCGACGUUCCCGUCGAUCCUCUGGAUACAUCCGUUAAAAUAAGUGGUCUUCGGCGCUCUGGUAGAGUGAAGAUUCUCUCGCCAAAUCAUCGUCGCAUAUCUCUGGAAAAAUCUGUCACGUGGAAGGACCAUAAACACCAAACUCAUCAACAGCAUCACCAUCAGCAAAUGGCUGGAAGAGGGGCAGAAAGACAGGCUUCCUCGAAGGGAUUUUCACUGGAUUUACAGGCUUCGCAAAUGGAUGAGUUGGUGUCGGUAUUGUCGGAUCUCUGCAACACUCUGGAACACUCUUCCAUUCUUAUGUCUUCGUUGAAACGAGAGACAUCGCCGGAAACCUGGACAUCAGGCGCUGUGCUAGCGCAAGUAAGACGAAAAAGUGGCGAGAAUGGACGCGAAUUAAAGCACCUUGCCAUCCGUAAGGAAAAGGUUGUCGUAGAGGUGCAAGUAGUUUUCCUAAAAAUAGGAGAAAUCGAUACUCUAAAAGAAUUCUAUCAGGCAGAUGCCUUCUUGCAGGCCAAAUGGCAUGAACCGCGAUUAGAUGGAAAGUUGCCAGAGGAAUUAGGAACGAUUGAUUUAGAGAGGUAUUGGAAUCCACUUUGUUACAUUGACAAUAUUCUGUCGGAAACGAAGGAAGUUCAAUGGCUCUCCACAUCGAUCGGACAAAACGGUGAGGUCUACAUUGUCGAGCGUCGUCGCAUAAAGGGUGUCUUUUUGGAGACGCUUGAAUUGAAUGAUUUUCCACUUGAUGUUCAGGAUCUAACCAUUACAGUCACAACUGAGAGACCAGACACAGAGGUUGACCUAAUCCCUGAUCACCUCGAAAUGUCGGCCAUCAACAAGCAAACAUUUGUUGACCAGCAGGAGUGGAAGCUGCACGAGCAUGUGGAGAUUACGAAACGUGUUAUACGGCAGGAGUAUUCCCGAUCCAUGAAGAGUCAUCCAUGUCUCUCUGUCACUUGUCGAGCAGCGCGGAGACCGGGCUAUUUCUACUGGAACGUCUUUCUCAUCAUGUUUAUGAUCUCGGGCUUAUCGUUCGCAACAUUCGCCGUAUCACCUGAUAAAGCUGAACUGCGUCUUCGUCUUUCCUUCACCCUCAUACUCACUUCCGUCACAUUUAAAUAUGUCAUCACACAGAGUCUACCACGCAUAUCUUAUCUCACUUACAUGGAUAAGUAUGUACUGAUGUCGCUGGCAAUACUCUGUGUUAUCAGCAUUUGGCAUGCAGUGAUCGCAAUCCUCCCUGUAAACGCGAUGUCAUCAGUGAACGAUAUUGCAUUAUUAAACUCUUCUGCAGCCACAAUCAAUGUGUCUUCCACGAAUCCCGAUUUGCUCCACCAAGCUCUUGCCGAAGCCUAUCCUCCUACACCUUCUGAAUCCAGAAAAUUGACUUUUCAGUCUGGUCCUCUUAGUGUGCCAAAAACACAGCGACAGCGCCGAGCCUGGACACCACUCACCAAUAUUGGAGCAGGGGCCGAAUCCCCUACUUCGCCUUCGAAAAACGGCGCUUCCCUUGGCGAUUUCACGUUGAACAAUGAAAUGGUGUCUCUCUACUUCCUCGCCCUUCUUCGUGCCUAUAUGGAUGUGCAGGAUCGUGUGGAGUUAAGCCAGUUCCCCGAUGCACAGCAGAUUGAGGAGCAGCGGCGGCUGGAAGUGAUGAAACUCCUCGAACAGAAUGUUUUCAUUUCAUUCGCCGUACUCUACGUCGUCGUGCAUUGCAUCUUCAUUUUCAUUCUCUACUUUGAUUCUAAAGUUGCCGUUUCUGGUGGCAAGCCCCCAGGAGGCCAUCCCCUCUACAGGUCAUACUCUUAG